AUGGCCUUUCUAUUCAAGAGAAACCCCAAAACUCCUCCAGAACUUGUUAGAGCGUUGAAUGAACAAGUUGUCAAGAUUGACACAACUAGUGAUAAACGUAAGAUUCAAGAUGAAAUAUCUCGUUAUUUAUCAAGUAUCAAAAUAAUACUACAUGGUGAUGAAGAUAAUGAUCCUCAACCAGAUCAAAUAGCACAACUUGCUCAUGAAGUUUAUCAAACAGAUGUCUUAUAUUAUCUAAUAUCAAAUUUACAACAUUUGGAAUUUGAUUCAAGGAAAGAUGUUGCUACAUUAUUUACAACUUUACUACGGCGUCAAAUUGGUAGUCGAUCUCCAACUGUUGAUUAUCUUGUUUCUAAACCAAAUAUAAUAAAUUUGUUACUUAAAGGUCCAGAAGUUCCAGAUGUUUGUCUUAUUACAGGUGGUAUUCUUAGAGAUUGUUUAAAAAUUGAAACUUUAACAAAUGUGGUAUUACAUGAUCCAAUCAUUUGGAAAUAUUUUGAAUUUAGUCAAAGGGGUACUUUCGAAAAUAUGACUGAUUCUUUCCAAACUUUAAAUGAUACAUUCACUAUUCAUAAAAAAUUAGUUGCUGAUUGGUUUAAUCUUUAUUCAACUGAAUUUAUUUUACAUUUAAAUAAAUUGAUUGCAUCAACUAAUUAUGUUACAAAAAGACAAUCAAUUAAACUAUUGUCCCUGUUGAUAUUAACAAGACAAAAUAAUAGAUUUAUGCUGGAAUAUGUUACAAAUCCAGAAAAUUUAAAAUUAAUUAUGAUUUCAUUAAGUGAUAAAUCCAAAAAUUUACAAUUGGAAAGUUUCAAUGUAUUUAAAGUAUUUGUUGCUAAUCCUAAAAAGACAAAAUCUGUUCUUGAUAUUUUAAUUAAAAAUAGAGAAAAACUUUUACUUUUUUUAGAAAAUUUUAAUUUCAACGAAAAAAAAGAUGAUUCAAAUUUUCAUGAUGAAAAAGAAUUUGUUAUACAACAAAUUGAAGAUUUGCCGAGAAUCGUCAGUAGUUCAUCUGCUGUAAAUUUAGCAAACUCAGGUACUGUUAAUUCCAAUUGA